AUGCCCUUAAAAUCCAAACACUUCACCCGAGAAGGGCAGAGCGGACUCGUCUCCUCAGAGACUAGCAACCCCCCUUUCCCCAAGUUUUUGCAGGAGGAAGCGCACGUUUCCAUGGACAGAUCGGACGAGGAACCUCAUCCGGAUGGGGAUGAAACUGUCCGAAACUUUGGGCAUUUAGAAGUUAUCGAUGAAGAAGAGAACAAGCCCGGAGAUGCUGCCACGGCGAAUUUCUUGCGGAUGAUGACUCUGACGACGAGGAGGGUUUAGACGAUUCGACGAAAGACUCCGAACUAUCUCGGAGAACGGUUACAAGUUACCCCGCAGCAGAUCACUGCCGCCCAUUUGACCAAACUAAAGCAAAUUACGGAGAGUCAAAUUGAAGGCACAGUCAGCGAUGUGGUGAUCUCAGUGCCUCCGGCCUGGUCCAACGACCAACACUUGGCGUUGUUGGAGGCUGGCCAAAUCGAGGGGUUGAAUGUGCUGAAGGUUAUGAAUGAAAGUACCGCCGUUGGGAUUGCCUAUGGGAUCUAUAAAAAAGGAAUCCUCCCACGCCCCGAGGAAAAGCCCAGACUCGUCGCCUUUGUGGAUGUCGGACACUCCACCGUGUCCUACUUCUCAUGGAGUUCAACGAACGUCAGGUUCGAGGCAAGGCCUCCACUUAUGAUGGUCAUGUUGGAAGUCUCCACUUUGAUAAUGUAAUCCGAGAACACUUCCGCAACGAAUUCAUGCAUAAGGUAGGCUCUUUGGGACGUUUAUGGUGGAGUUGGACGAUUGGGGGAAACCGAAAAGUAUUGUUUUUCUUCGAUGAAAGUGUCGAAAUUGGGAGAAUCGAGGGUGCUGAUUUCGAAAAUGGCAUUCAUUUUUUUGAUCUUUGCUUUUUUUCUUGCUUAGGUAGUACUGCAAAGUAGUAGUUUUUUGUUUUUUUUUCAUAAAUACUCGAUUUGGGGGGUUUCGAUGGUGCUGAUUUUGAAAAUCUUAUUCACUUUUUCUGACUUGAAAGCAGCACCAUCGAAACCCCCCAAAUCGAGUAUUCGUGAAAAAAUUUAAAAAAUUACUACUUCACAGUGCUACCUAAGCAAGGAAAAAAGUAAAGAUCAAAAAAUAAUAAAUGUCAUUUUCAAAAAAUUUCGACACCUGCAUCGAAGAAAAACAAUACUUUUCGGUUUCCCCAAUCGUCUUUUUCCUUGUCCCAGUCCCGUUUAUGGGCUGUACGAACUAGUUGAGAUGCCAUUUUCGAGAUUUGAUAGUAAAAUUUGUAUUGUUUUAGUACAAGAUCGACGCCAAAACUAACCCGCGCGCCUGGCAGCGUCUGUUGGAUGAAGCCGAGAAAAUUAAAAAGCAAAUGUCGGCCAAUAGCACUGCGAUCCCGCUGAACAUUGAGCGCUUCAUGAAUGAUGUGGAUGUAAGCGCGAAAUUGUCGCGGUAAGUUGGGGUCUAGUGCAAUAUAAAAAGUUAAUUUUUGGAUGUUUUAUAGGUUUAAAUCAGGUUUUAAACAGAAAUGGAGGCAAUUUGAAGGAAAUUGCGAUUGAUUGGGAAAUUUAGACCAAAUUUAACCAUGGAUAAUUUUUUUCCUUAUUUUCCCUUCUUUAGAGCAGAAUUCUAACAAAUGACCGAGCCCUUGUUCCAGAGAAUCCGAAAUCUCCUCAGCGCUCUGCUCCAAGACUCCAGAAUCUUUAGGAAUAUUGCCGAGGUCGAGCUGAUUGGAGGCUCUUCCCAAAUCUCGUUUGUGAAGCAAGUCGACCAACAUCUCACCCAACAGAUCUUCAAACGCAAUGACGACUUCCCCAGCUUCAAGUCCCUCCCUCUGCACAGGGUGGAGCCCUUCACAAUCGCAGCCCAUUACGAAAAUCCGCAGGAAAUCCCGUACACCGAGCCCAAAAUCGGGACCUGGGUCGUGAACGGCGAAGCUCGGAGUGUUCUUGAACGGAAUUUUCGAUGUUACGAUGCUGAUAGGAAUCCAAUCUGA